UUUUUUCUUUAUUUUUCUUAGCCACCUUCAAAACACUCAUCAUAACCUUGUCCCCUUCUUGAUAUUUGAUACCAAAAUCCCUUAUACUUUUCCACUUUGCCUUUUCCAUAGCAAAAUAGGAUCAAAAUACUCCUCACUAUUUCCUUGUGUUUGUUAUGAGCUAAUUCAUCUAACCACUAAGUAUCAUAUCUUAGUUAUAUUGAUGAAAUUGACGUGAGUUCAAUUCUUACUGUUUUCUUUCCUUUUAUUUUGCUUCUUGUGAGCAAAAUCACUUCCAACUCUAAAACUCGUUUUGCUUCUAGUGAUUAAAGCCACCUCCAAUACAUACAUGUGCAGCUUGAUAAUAUCAGUACUGAAGUCUUCUACUUAUCGUAAGUGUGAAUUCAAUUCUCAAUUGAUUAUUCCUGGUUUAACAAAAAAAAGAAAUUAGGAAAAAGGGAAAAGAACCACCCCACCUAACCCUUAUAACAUCAUAUUUACUUUCCUUAUUUCUUUUUGCCCUUUUCUUAGUACCUUGGCCUUUGAUCAUAGCUAAAAUACACAUGCUCAUAACAAUCUCUUUUUCACUCACCAAAAUACCUCAAAAACUUCUCUCCUUUUCUUGAGAGUUGAGUACUCACCCUAUACCCCACCCCACCCUAUUUAUUUUAUUUGGAGUAGUAGUAAAACACAAGUUACUACUACUACUCCCAUUUUCUUGGUUCUUCAAUUAUAGAAUCAAAAUCUUUUCCUUUUUUUAUCACUACCUACAAAGCCAAUAGACUAUUCCAAUUUUGUCUCAUUUUUUUUUAGUUAAUUUGUUUGUUUGUUAGUUUUCUUCAUACAAUGAGACAAGCACAACAACAACAACAACCAUUUGCUGCUCUUCCGCGAACAAGCAGCUGCAAAAGCUCGAAAAAAAUCAUACCUGCAAAUAACAAUACUUAUUCGCGGUCUUACUCUUCAGCAACCCGUGAUUAUUCAACUGACAAAUCUCUCGUUCUUCCUAACAACGGAAGCUCAUCAUCGUCUUCUUCGAACAAUUUCAAUCGAUUAACCAAAACUCGAAUCGGAGUUUCAUCUCUCCUCCGAUCACUCAUCAGCAUCAUCUCAUUCCCUUCAGUACUCCCAACUUGCCGAUGGCUAAAUCUCCCGAAUCAGUUCUCAAUUACCCCAUCCCUCGGCCGGAAAGUCACCGGAACUUUAUUCGGUCACCGGAGAGGCCAUGUCAGCUUCGCCGUACAAGACGAUCCGAAAUCCGACCCGGUUUUACUAAUCGAGCUCGCAGUUUCUACGUCGUCGUUAGUGAAAGAGAUGUCGUCGGGAUUGGUCAGAAUUGCGUUAGAAUGUGAGAAAACAGCGGCGCCGGGAGGUAGCCGGAAGAGAUUAGGGCUAUUUGAAGAGCCGAUGUGGACGAUGUAUUGUAACGGGAGGAAAUGUGGGUAUGCAACAUCGAGGUUAUGUACGGAUUCCGAUUGGCAUGUGUUGAGUACGGUGCAGAGUGUUUCCGUCGGCGCCGGAGUAAUUCCGGUGGUGGAUGAUGGCCGGAAAAUUAGUGCGGCGGAAGGUGAGUUGUUGUAUAUGAGAGCGAAAUUUGAACGAGUUGUAGGGAGUCGUGACUCGGAAGCUUUUUAUAUGAUGAAUCCGGAUGGUAAUGGAGGACCUGAACUCAGUAUUUUUCUUCUUAGAAUAUGAAAAAUAGAAAAAAAAAAUUGAUAUGGAAAUUAAAGAAGAGAAAAAGUUGAAAUGAUAAUAUUUAUAAUGUUUUUUGUUUUUGAGUAUUUUGAAUUUAUAGUGUGUUUAAUUAGGUAUA